AGCCGCAGUCCAGCCCACUCUUCAUGGGGCAAAGAGCACCUGAAAAACAGUACUAGAGAGGGGGUUCCGGAUAUAACAAAGUCUUAAGCACAGACGCUUAGUCAAAGUCUGUCUCUACUUUGUUGCUUUGCUGGCUCUGAGCUCUCCAACUCCCUGAGCCCCACAGCUCAGCCCAGUGGACGCUUACACUGCAGGCAGGGAGCCGGCCGCUAGAGGAUCUCUAACUCACCCCAAGGAACUGAGGGCUGAAGUGAAGAAGCAAAAUGGUGGCCUCGCUUCUCGCUGUCCUGCGAACAAGCAGGUUGUGUCAAUGGGGCUGCAAGAGCAGGGCGCAGCUGUUAGGGCCCCUGCCGUUUGGUCCCGGUGGCUGGAGCACUUGGGCCCCUGAGCGGACAAACGCGACGCUGAGCCUGGAGCCCGCGGGCCGCAGCUGCUGGGACGAGCCGCUGAGCAUCUCUGUGCGCGGCCUGGCCCCCGAGCAGCCCGUCACGCUGCGCGCCGCCCUGCGCGACGAGAAAGGCGCGCUCUUCCGCUCCCACGCGCGCUACCGCGCCGACCCCCACGGCGAGCUGGACCUGGCGCGCGCGCCCGCGCUGGGCGGCAGCUUCGCGGGGCUCGAGCCCAUGGGGCUGCUCUGGGCCAUGGAGCCCGAUCGGCCGCUCUGGCGUCUGAUCAAGCGCGACGUGCAGACGCCCUUCGAGGUGGAGCUGGAGGUGCUGGACGGCCACGAGCCCGACGGCGGGCGGCUGCUGGCGCGGGCGGUGCACGAGCGUCACUUCAUGGCUCCCGGGGUGCGGCGCGUGCCCGUGCGCGAGGGCCGUGUGCGCGCCACGCUCUUCCUGCCUCCAGGCAAGGGGAGGUUCCCUGGGAUCAUCGAUUUGUUUGGAAGUAGCGGUGGGCUGUGUGAAUACCGAGCCAGCCUCCUGGCUGGGCACGGUUUUGCUGUACUUGCUCUGGCUUACUUCAGAUUUGAAGACCUCCCUGAAAAUUUGAGUGAUGUGCACCUGGAAUACUUUGAAGAAGCCGUGGCCUUUCUGCUUCAGCAUCCAAAGGUGAAAGGCCCGAAUAUCGGCCUUCUUGGUUUCUCCAAAGGUGGUGACCUGUGCCUCUCGAUGGCCACUUUCCUAAGGAACAUCACGGCCACCAUCCUUAUCAACGCCUGUGUGGCCAACACAAUAGCUCCUCUGUAUUACAAAGGUCUGUCUGUUCCUGAUCUCGGCUGUGACAUAACAAAACAAAAGACCAUGGAGUCAGGCCUUUUGGAUUUGGGGGAUAUUUGGAACAAUCCCCUGGAGGAACCUCACCACCAAAGUCUUAUUCCACUGGAAAGGGCCCAGGGACCCUUCCUGUUCAUUGUGGGCUUGGAUGAUCAUAACUGGAAGAGUGAAUCCUAUGCUCAUAUAGCCUGUGGACGGCUACAAGCCCAUGGAAAAGGCCAGCCCCAGAUAAUCUACUAUCCAGAAACUUGCCACUGCAUCGACCCACCUUACUUCCCUCCUUCCAGAGCUUCUGUGCACGCAGUGUUGGGUAAAGCACUGUUCCAUGGAGGUGAGGCAAGGGCUCACUCAAGGGCACAGGUGGAUGCAUGGCAGCAAAUCCAGACUUUCUUCCAAAAAUAUCUCAAUCGUGAAAUACCUGAGAAGCGCAGCAAAAUAUAACAUUACAGCUUUAAACCAAAAGCCACGUGUGAAAGCUCUAAUCAUGCGAAUUCCUUUGGACUUCCAGAGUACUAAGGAGGCUUUUUUUUUUUUUGUAGUCUCAUUCACAUCCUUGUGUAGACAAGGAUGACCUCGAACUUCCGAUCCUCCUGCUUCCAUCUCUUCAGUGCUGAUACUAUAACCAUACACUUACUCUAUCAUGGUUUUCUGGGUAUACACAAAACCUCUCACCAAGCCAAUUCUAACUAAUAAAAAAAAGUUUCCUCAGAGGUAACAGUGAGAGUCAACUGUAAAACCUUGAGUAAUCAUCCACUUUGUAUUCUAGCUUCCUGUGAUGUGAACUCUGGGAGUUUCUGCUUCAACUCAUCCCUAGGCAGGCCUGCUGCUGGAGAGACACUAGGGAUGUCUAACCUGAACAGGUAGACAAGAUUCCAACAUCUGUAAAAUAAGUGCAAAACUUAGAAAUCCGUUCUCCCAAAUUCUUAGUCAUAUUAAAAGCAUCAAGUGAUAUAAAAGUCAUCUCUUCAAAGAUGCCUCCAUAGUAGAUCUCCACCUCAGGCUCUGCCGGUCACUAUGCAGUUGCUCUUGAAUAAGCUGCUAAUCUCUCUAACCCUCCAUUUCUUUAUCUGUAUAGUGGGAAAAUAACAAAUACUGCAUUGAGAUGUUAUGAUUAAACCAGACAAUCCCCACUUAAACAGUUGACCUGCUUUUUUUUUUUCUGAUGAAGCUAUUGGAAGCAAAAAGUGUUGAGAAGCUCGUCUGAAGGUAAAGGUGUUUGCUGCUCUGUAAGGAAACCUGUUGACCUGAGUUCAAUCACCAGACCCCAUGGAAAGGGGACAGGAGAGAAAUGGUUCUACAAAACUGUCUUUCGACCUCUAUAAACACACAUACAUCACACACACGCACACACACAAUUUUUUUUUUUUUACAAAAUCUGGUUGGUGAAAGAACUAAAUUAAUCUACCCCAUAUCCCAUGGAUUUCAUUGAUUGUUUGACUCUAUUUGUCCUGAGAUUUUAACCUUCUACUAAAACUGAAUUACAUUGUAUGAAGUUCAAGCCAACCGACAGCCACAGAAUGAAGACUCCGUAAGCCAAGUUGGAGAGCUUAGAUUCAAACAUUUUAAAAAUGAUUUAAAAAAAAAAAGAAAGAAAAACGCUAAUAAUUUUCCCUAACACUUAGUGGCAUGCAGCAGAGG